UCCGCUCGUCGGGUCGUCUCCUCUCCAAAACGCAACGCACCAAACAACAUCCCCUGCCGCGGCAUUUGCUUCCACCCGAAUCCGACGUAGAGGAUGGACUCGGAUGCCUCCGAGCUCUUCAGCGAUUGCGGCAGCGAUUACCGCGACUCCUCCACUUCCGAUUCCGAGCCGUGCAGCAGCGACGUCGACGACCUCUCCGUCACGUCCGGUGCCGCCUCGGGCAUCCACCGCCUGCUGCUCUCCUCCGGGGUCGAGUCGCCCGACGGCUCGAUCUCGGCGCUCGUGGCGGUUCUCGACUCGCCGAAGGCGUCCGUGGACUCGCUCCGCCGCGCGGCCAUGGAGCUCCGGCUGCUCGCCAGGCACAACCCGGACAACCGGAUUCGCAUCGCGGAGUCCGGGGCGGUGCGGCCGCUCGUCGCGCUGCUGUCGCACCCCGACCCGCUGGUGCAGGAGCACGGGGUCACCGCGCUGCUCAACCUGUCAAUCUGCCACGAGAACAAGGUCAUCGUGGUCGAGGCCGGCGCGAUACCGCCGCUCGUGCGCGCGCUCAAGUCCGCCACGUCGCUCGCGGCCAGGGAGAACGCCGCGUGCGCGCUUCUCCGCCUCUCCCAGCUCGACGGCGCCGCUGCCGCCGCCGUCGGCCGCGCGGGCGCUAUCCCGUUGUUGGUAUCCCUCCUCGAGACUGGCGGGGGGCGCGGGAAGAAGGACGCGGCCACGGCCCUUUACGCGCUCUGCAGCGGCGCGCGCGAGAAUCGCCUGCGCACCGUCGAGGCCGGUGCCGUGACCCCCUUGCUUGACUUCAUGUCGGACCCGGAGUCCGGCAUGGUGGACAAGGCCGCCUAUACUCUCUACUCCCUGCUGGGUUUUGCCGAGGGGCGCUCCGCCACCGUAGAGGAGGGCGGCAUCCCCAUCCUGCUGGAGCUGGUGGAGGUCGGGACCUCGCGGCAAAAGGAGAUCGCUACCCUCUCCCUCAUCCAGAUCUGCGACGACAACGCCGUGUACCGCAACAUGGUUGCCCGCGAGGGAGCCAUCCCUGCCCUCGUCGCCCUCUCCCAGUCUUCCUCCGCACGCCCGAAUCUCGUAACCAGGGUAAACGAAUUUUUGUUCCUUCUGCGCGAUUCAAAUAAGCAGAAAAUAAGUACACAUAUGGGCGUUGUGCAUGAUGCUGUUAAUGAGGUCCUCAGCUCCAAGAUGCUAGCAGAUAAAGGAAAUACAAAGCAAGCCAACUCUGAGGCAGAGACGAGUUCUUCGCUGGCCGUCACGAGCGCCAUGGAUGCUCCGAUGAGUUCUUCCCUUGGUGCCGUGGGGCCCCUUCUUAGGAAGCUCGACUCGAUGCUGCCUCCCGAUUACCGGCUGCCAAAGGCACUCAAGGGCAAAAUCGAGCUCCUCAAGGCAGAUCUGGAAGAGAUAAGCGUCGCCCUUGUAGAGCAGUCAACGGCAGAUUCCCCCAACGAGAUGGCAAAAUACUGGAUGAAUGAGGUGCGUGAACUCUGCUAUGACAUCGACGAUUUCAUCGACAGUAUCAUGUCGACGCAUGCCGAUGCCAAGAUGAGAUCGGUGCACAGCUACAAGGUUGGCCGUGUCAAGAUUGCUUGGCUUCCCAAGACGCUGAAGCCGUGUACAAGGGCCGCCAAGAUCUCAGAUCUCAGGGCCCUGGUGCGGGAGGCGAUCCAACGACAUGAAAGGUAUCUUGAUGGUUGCACCUCGAGCUCUAGAUGUGUGUUCACUGGGCACGGCCGGAUUCCAGCAAUGUAUGCAGAGGCUGCACACUGCCUUGUUGGUGUGGACGACGCUAAGACAAAGCUUGUCAAGAGUCUCAUCGAUGAGGAGCAGCAGCUGAAAGUGGUGGCCAUAGUUGGACCUGCCGGUGUAGGCAAGACCACGCUUGCAAAACAGGUGUACCAUGAACUCGGGGAGCGAUUCGAGUGCCGAGCUUUCGUCCGGGCAUCCCGGAAGCCUGACAUGAGGAGAUUACUUGGGGGCGUCCUCUCUCAAGUUCAGGAACACCGACGCCCCUCUGAUUCCUGCACGGUGCAAAACCUCAUCGACAGUCUCACCAAACAUCUCCAAAACAAGAGAUAUGUUGUCGUAAUUGAUGAUUUGUGGGAAACAACAGCAUGGGAUAUUGUUACCAGUGCUUUCCCUGAAGGUACUAAUUGCAGUAGAAUAAUAACAACGACAGAAAGUGAGGGCGUAGCUCAGGAAUGCUGUGAUUAUCAGUCUAAUAAUAUUUUGAAGAUGAAACCCCUUGGCAGGGAAGACUCUGGGAAACUGUUGUACAACCUGAUUUUUGGACCUGAAUGCAUAUUCCCUGAACAAUUAAACUUUGUUUCUGAGUCAAUCAUAACCAAAUGUGCUGGUUUGCCACUAGCAACAAUUUUUGUAGCUGGUCUUUUAACAAGCCAGCCUGACAACGCUGAGCUAUGGCAGCACGUGCAGGAAUGUUUAUACUCGAAUUUGAGUACAACUUCUACUUUGGAAGAGACACUGCAGGAAAUACUAAAGCUUAGUUUCAAUAGUCUUCCUCGCUAUUUGAAGACAUGCUUGAUGUACGUUAGUAUGUAUCCGGAGGGUUACACAAUGUGGAAGAUUGAUUUGAUUAAGCAAUGGAUAGCAGAAGGUUUCAUUGGUGCAACAGAAGGAACAGACACAUGGGAGGUUGCAUAUGGCUAUUUUGGAGAACUUGUCAACAGGGGAAUGAUCCAACCCGUGGAAAUUAACUACAGUGGUGAGGUGCUGUCCUGCACACUGCAUCAUGUUGUACUCGAUCUUAUUAAACUUGAAUCUACUGAAGAGAGAUUUAUCACUGCAUUAGAUUACUCUCAGACCAUCAGAGGGCAUUAUAGCAAUUUUCGUCGGCUGUCGUUCCACUUCAGCAAUACCAGAUAUGCAACGAAACCAACUGGCCUAUCACUGUCAAAAGUUCGAUCAAUUGGCUUUUUUGGAAUCCUUGAGUGUGUGCCUUCAGUUGUGGAGUUUAAGCUUCUUCGAGUUCUAAUACUUGAAUUUUGGGGUGAUCAACGGGGGAGCACCAGUCUCAAUCUCGCAAGAAUCGGCAGUUUGUUUCAACUGAGAUAUUUGAAAAUUUUAUGUGAUCCCAGUGUGGAAGUAGAACUACCAACCCAGAUGCGAAUGCUGCGAUACUUGGAAACGCUGGCAAUUGAUGCAGCAGUGUCUGCUGUUCCGUUGGAUAUUAUUCAUCUGCCGGGUUUGCUGUAUCUCUCUCUUGGAGAUAAGACAGAUCUACCUGAUGAGAUUGGCCGCAUCAUUUCUCUGCGUACAUUACACUAUUUUGACAUUGGCAGUAACUCUGAAGACAAUGUAUUGAGCCUUGGUGACCUAGUGAACCUGCAGGAUCUUCACCUCACUUACCAUACCAAGGACUCAGAUGAGCAUUGUACAGAGGAGUCCAGUGAGCGUAUGAAGAGAAACCUGGCAGCUCUGGCCUCUUCACUGGGGAAACUGGCUAACCUCAAAUAUGUCACUCUGGCCCCUGGUGUUUCAGGCAUGUCAAUUUGUCAUGAUGUAUGGAGCAGCAUGUCCUCUCCACCCAUCUUUCUUCAGAGACUCGAGUUGUUGCCCCCCAUUUGCAUCUUCUCCAGGCUUCCAGAGUGGAUUGGUCAACUCGGGAAACUAUGCAUUCUGGAAAUUGUUGUUAGUGAGAUGCUGAGGAAAGAUAUGGAUAUACUGACAGGAUUGCCUGCCCUGACAGUUCUCUCACUGCAUGUCUGGCAACCUAUGGCAGAAAGGGUGAUCUUCAAAAGAGGGACAUUCCCAGCUCUCAAGUACUUCAAUUACACGUGUGGCGCAAUAUGCCUAUCCUUCCAGGAAGGAGCGUUGCCCAAUCUUAAGAGGCUCGAGCUAAGUUUCAAUGCUCACAGAGGAGAAGAUUAUGAUCAUUUUCUUGCUGGAAUUGAGUACCUAUUAAACCUCAAGGAGAUUGCUGGAACAAUUGGGGCUGCUCCUGGAGCCGAAGAACUUGACAGGAGGGCUGCAGAGUCUGCAUUUAAGGAUGCCAUUUGCAAUCAUCCAAGGUUUCCUAGUUACGACUACGUAAAAAGAGCAGAUUGGAUAGAGGAAGAGUACAAUCCUCAAGAGAAACAGCAUUUGAUACAAUACAAAGACUCGUUAAGUGAGCAUGGAAGUUGGGAGAAAAGGAUCGUCGAAUAUAUAAAGCAAAAUCCCGAUAUGGACUUAAAUGAGUACGAGAUGUUCUGUCGCAGUCAACAUUCAGCGAAGGUCUUAGACGCACGAAGUUCAUGCUCGGUGGUCACCGAUUUCAGCACUCUGGCGAGCGACUGUGGCACCGUGACCAGCGACUCCAGCUGCAUGGACAGCGCUGACUCAGGGUCCGGGGGCGCUGCUGGAGUGAGUGCCUAUAUAGUGGAAUGUGCGGCAUUCUGGGGGCUCACGUCAAUUUCUGGCGGUUCGCAGGAGAAUUGUGACACGGCUGUUGCCGUGCCACGAUUUUAUGGCUUGCCGCUCUUCCUCACGGGCAACUCGAUGGUUGAUGGGCCUUAUCCCAUGUGGUUUCGCCUUCCUGCGCACUUCUUUGCUGUAUACGAUGGCCACAGUGGCCCGCAGGUUGCAAAUUACUGCCGGGAUCGACUCCAUGCAGCGCUGGUGGAGGAGCUCGGUAGGACAGAGAGGACCUUGUCUGGUGUUAGCUGGGGAACUGUGGAGUUCAAGAAGCAGUGGGAAAAGGCGUUUGUGGAUGUCUUCUGUAUGGUGGAUGACGAGGUCGGGGGCAAGGUGACGAGAGGCCUAGCUAAGGCAGCGGAGGUAGAACCUCUGGCACCUGAUCACAUCGGUUCGACAGCGGUUGUUGCUGUUAUCUGGUUUUCACAUAUCAUUAUUGCCAAUUGUGGAGACUCACGGGCAGUGCUCUGCCGUGGCAAGAAGCCCGUGCCAUUGACAGUGGAUCACAUACCUAACAGGGAGGAUGAGUAUGCAAGAAUUGAGGCAGCGGGUGGCAAUAUCAUACAGUGGGAUGGCUAUCGAGUUUUGGGUGUCCUUAGCGUGACGCGAUCAAUUGGUGACAGAUAUCUCAAGCCAUGGAUAAUUCCAGUCCCAGAGGUCACAGUUGUUCCUCGACAGGCGGAGGACGAGUGUCUUAUUCUUGCCAGCGAUGGCCUCUGGGACGUACUGUCAAAUCAAGAGGUGUGUGAUGUUGCUCGCCAAAGAAUACUUCUGUGGCAUAAAAAUAACAGCAUAGCUUCAUCGUCGGCGGAACGAAGCGGUGACUCAUCAGAUCCAGCCGCUCAAGCGGCUGCUGAAUACUUGUCAAAGCUUGCUAGGAGGAAGGGGAGCAAGGAUGACAUCACAGUUAUUGUGGUCGACCUCAAGGCAAAGAGGAAGUUCAAGAGUAAACUUGGAACGCCUGUUUGAUGGACGACCACCAGAAAAAAUUGCUUGGAAGUGAUAGAUUUUGACGAUCCAAAAUCGACCACUUUUAAGCCCCGCCGCCUUAGCAGUUAGAACGUUACUACUUAAUUCUGUCCUUUUUGCCAACUUUAAAGCCGGAUCAUCAUGUCUUUGAGUCUUAUACUUGAGUUUUCUUAAGCCCAUAAAAAGAUGUACUACCAAAUUAAUUCUCUGGGCAGUCCCUGUUAAAAAAGGAAAAUGUUUAACAUCCACCGGCUGAUCUCUCCUUCUUGUAAACCGUCUCCCUUGCUCGACAUGUGUCUGGGGCGUGUCCACCACCCCACACUUUCAA